GCUCCCACCCGCUGCAGCGCCCUCCAGCCGAGCGCGCGGCCCGGCCCGGAGCGGCCAGGCGGAUGCCAGAGCCGGCCGCACGCGCGCGAGCAGCCGCCGCGGUCGCCGUCCCACGCGAGCUGCGGACCCCGCGGGCUGCUGAAAAGGUCUCAAAGUUGCUUGAAGUGGCCUUGAACUCUGGAUCCUCCUGCCUCGGUCUCCGGAGUAGCUGACCUUACAGGUUUGCAGAGAUGAAGUGACAGAGAAGAGACAGCAAACGCCUUCCUUUGACUGACAGGACAGCAUGGAGCAGCCAUUUACCGUGAACUGUCUGAAAAAGUUAGCUGCCAUGCCUGACCACACAGAUGUCUCCCUAAGCCCAGAAGAGCGGGUCCGUGCGCUAAGCAAGCUUGGUUGCAACAUUACCAUCAACGAAGACAUCACACCUCGCCGCUACUUCAGGUCAGGGGUAGAAAUGGAGAGGAUGGCGUCUGUGUAUUUGGAAGAAGGAAACUUGGAAAAUGCCUUUGUCCUUUACAAUAAAUUUAUAACCUUGUUUGUAGAGAAGCUUCCUAGCCACCGAGAUUAUCAGCAAUGUGCAGUACCCGAAAAGCAGGAUAUCAUGAAGAAACUGAAGGAGAUUGCCUUCCCAAGGACAGAUGAAUUGAAAAAGGAUCUUUUAAAGAAAUACAAUGUAGAAUACCAAGAAUAUUUGCAAAGCAAGAACAAAUAUAAAGCUGAAAUUCUCAAAAAACUGGAGCAUCAGAGAUUGAUAGAGGCAGAAAGGAAGCGGAUUGCUCAGAUGCGCCAGCAGCAGCUAGAAUCUGAGCAGUUUCUGUUUUUCGAAGACCAACUCAAGAAGCAAGAGUUAGCCCGAAGCCAGAUGCGAAGCCAGGAAUCUCCGGCACUGUCAGAGCAGAUCGAUGGGAAAGCCCUCUCCUGCUUUGCUGCACACCAGGACAGUUCCUUGCUGAAUGUAUUUGCUGAUCAACCGAACAAAAGUGAAGCAACCAGUUACGCUGGUCAUUCACCUCCUGUCAACAGAGCCUUAAAGCCAGCAGCUACUCUAAGUGCUGUGCAGAAUUUAGUGGUUGAAGGAUUGAGAUGUGUGGUUUUACCAAGAGAUCUUUGCCACAAAUUCCUGCUGCUGGCGGAAUCCAAUACAGUGAAAGGAAUAGAAACCUGUGGCAUACUCUGUGGGAAGCUGACACAUAAUGAAUUUACUAUUACUCAUGUGAUCGUGCCAAAGCAGUCUGCGGGACCAGACUAUUGUGACGUGGAAAAUGUCGAAGAGUUAUUCAGUGUUCAGGAUCAACACGGCCUCCUCACUUUGGGAUGGAUCCAUACACACCCCACACAAACUGCAUUCCUGUCCAGCGUGGAUCUCCACACUCACUGCUCUUAUCAGCUCAUGUUGCCCGAGGCUGUGGCCAUUGUUUGUUCCCCAAAACAUAAAGACACUGGCAUCUUCAGGCUCACUAACGCUGGCAUGCUUGAAGUGUCUGCUUGCAAAAAGAAGGGCUUCCACCCGCACACCAAGGAGCCCCGGCUGUUCAGUAUAUGCAAACACGUGUUGGUAAAAGACACGAAGAUGACUGUGCUGGAUCUGAGGUGAUCCGUGCUGCACGUGAGCACGGUCAGCACCAGACCCUGCUGUGGACAUGUGGUUGCCGGAUAUCCUUAAGAUGUUUCCAGAAAUGACUGAUAUUUUAUAUUUAUACAUUUUAGAUCAGAAAGUUUGAUAUUUAUUGCUUUUGCACAUUUGAAGUUUUCUUUUUCAGUUGCUUUGUCUCAAGACAGGCCACAUGGUGUUAAAUCAAGGCCUGUUACUGUAUCCAAAUACUAUUAUUAGGUAAUAAAUUAUGCUGCAGGCAA